GUUUUUGGCAAUAAGAUGGUCAUUCCCUCACUGGAUGGUGCCUUGUUCCAGUGGAACCGGGACAGGGAGAGUAUGGAGGCAGUGCCUUUCAGCGUGGAGUCCCUGCUGGAUUCGUCCUAUAGAAUCGGGGAGGACACUGUCCUGGUUGGGGGCAAAUCUCUUACUACCUACGGCCUGGGUGCCUACAGUGGCAAGCUGCGGUACAUCUGCUCUGCGGUGGGCUGCAGCCGCUGGGGGGACGAGGAGAUGGAGGCCGAGGACGUGCUCCUGCUGCAGAGGACUCAGAAGACUGUGCGAGCCAUCAGGCCUCGAUCAGGGAUGGAGAAGUGA